CCGUUGACAUAUCUAUAAAUAUUCGACGAAGCUAAUUUGGAUAUUCUCCAUAUUCAGUUCGGAAAUAGAUUUAAUUUAUUUUAUUUUAACUGGCCGAGUAGUUAUAAAUAGAUUGAAGAACAAUACUCAUUAGUAGAGAUUAGAGAGAAGCUAAUUAAGAUGAGCCAAUUGGGUAUUUCUUCUUCUUCUUCGUCCUAUCUUGUUCCUCUGUUUUUUCUUCUUCUGCUGCUGAAUGAAGUUGCUUUCUCCAAUGGCGGAACCACAAGCACCUUCGUUAGAAAGGUAGAGAAGACGGUGGAUAUGCCUCUUGACAGUGACGUCUUUCGCAUUCCUCUUGGUUAUAACGCCCCUCAACAGGUACAUAUAACCCAAGGAGAUCACGAGGGGAAAGGGGUUAUCGUCUCAUGGGUAACCCAAUCUGAACCCGGUUCAAGUCUAGUUCUUUACUGGAAAGAAAACCACAAACAAGUUGUUCAUAAAGCCAAAGGCAAACUUACAACUUACAAAUACUUAAAUUACACUUCUGGGUUCAUUCAUCACUGCACCAUUUUGAACUUAGAGUUUGAUACAAAAUACUACUACAAAAUUGGAAUUGGACUCACAACAAGAACAUUCUGGUUCACAACUCCACCUCAAGUCGGUCCUGACGUUCCUUACACGUUUGGUCUAAUUGGGGAUCUUGGUCAGAGCUUCGAUUCAAACAUGACAAUAACUCAUUACGAACAUAACCCAACAAAAGGACAGACCGUUCUAUUUGUUGGAGAUUUAAGUUACGCUGAUAAUUAUCCAAAUCAUGAUAACGUUAGAUGGGAUACUUGGGGAAGAUUUACUGAAAGAACAGUUGCAUAUCAACCAUGGAUUUGGACUGCUGGAAAUCACGAACUUGAUUUCGAACCCACCAUUGGUGAAACAAGGCCUUUUAAGCCAUUUAGUCAUCGUUAUAAGACUCCAUACAGAGCAUCAGGAAGCACACAACCAUUUUGGUACUCUAUAAAGAGAGCUUCUGCUUACAUAAUUGUAUUGUCAUCUUAUUCUGCAUAUGGUAAAUAUACUCCUCAAUAUAAAUGGUUGGAGGCGGAGCUACCAAAAGUUAACCGGAGUGAAACCCCCUGGUUAAUUGUUCUUAUGCAUUCUCCAUGGUACAAUAGUUACAAUUACCAUUACAUGGAGGGUGAAUCCAUGAGAGUCAUGUACGAGCCUUGGUUUGUUAAGUAUAAAGUUGAUGUCGUUUUCGCAGGACACGUUCAUGCCUACGAGCGAUCGGAACGGAUUUCGAACGUGGCUUAUAAUGUAGUUAAUGGGAUUUGUACUCCGGUGAAAGAUAUGUCUGCUCCGGUUUAUAUCACAAUUGGGGAUGGUGGAAACCUCGAAGGAUUGGCUACAAACAUGAGUGAGCCGCAACCGAAGUACUCUGCUUUUCGGGAGGCUAGUUUUGGGCAUGCGAUGUUUGACAUCAAAAAUAGGACCCAUGCUUACUACGGUUGGCAUAGGAAUCAAGACGGUUAUGCAGUUGAAGCCGACACAUUGUGGUUUUUCAACCGGUUUUGGCAUCCGGUUGAUGACUCUACAAGCGAGGAUCAUUGAUUGAUCCUCCAUCCCGUAAAGAUGUGGGUUGUUAUUGAUGAAUUCAUGUUGUUGUGUGAUCUAAAAUGACUGCUUUAUUUCGUUAAUAAAAUGUUUAUCUUUUCCUUU